GCUCAACGCGCGGACGCAGUUAUUGCAAAUACAGAUUCUCCGUUUUCAAAAGUCAUUGGAAUUCGGUUCGAAAAAAUCAAACGGGGAAAACAGACGGGAAGACAGGUUCCAGAAUUUUCACACAGGACCGUGCAUCGUACCGAAAAUACACAUUCCAGAGAUACGCGCAUAUACGUUAUGGUUUUUGUCUAGGUUAAGUGCGUGUAUCUGUAUCUGUGAGAUACGCAAUCGCAGUGCGUUCGGUGGCGAUGCAAUCGCAGUGUUCUCAAGGAAUUGUAAACAAAGAACGUCGCAGGUGAUUUUGCACAGCGGCAAAUAUCCCAAAGAUAUCACAGAGAGCAACAAGUUCAGCAAAAGAAAAAAACCAAAGGAAAUCAGCAGACUUUAAAAUGGCAGCGGACUGGCGACUGAUGAAUCCCUAUGGAGUCCUGCUUUUCCUCCUCAUCCUGCUUUUUGUGGGCAUACCUGUGGAGGCGGAGGUGUACACGGCUCUGGCGGAGAUGGAGGAAUUACUUGAGACUGAAUCCGUACUGAUUACCAACCUCGAGGGCUACAUAAGAGCUCAGGAGAACAAGCUGAAUUUCCUCAAAAACAAAAUGGACGAGUACCAAAGGGAGCAUUCGGAUGCCUCCGGUGAUAUUACUACCUACGUUUCCAAUCCCAUUAAUGCUUACCUGUUGACCAAGAGGCUGACCACCGACUGGCGGCAGGUGGAGAAUCUUAUGGAGCACGACGUGGGCACGGAGUUCGUGCAGAACAUCACCCAGUAUCGCCAUGUCCUCAAGUUUCCCUCGGACGAAGAUCUCAAUGGAGCGGCAGUGGCACUGCUCCGCCUGCAGGACACCUAUCAGCUGGACACCUCCAGUGUGGCACGCGGCAAGCUGAAUGGGAUUCAGUACAGCACGGAGAUGUCCUCGGACGAUUGCUUCGAGUUGGGGCGACAGUCGUACGUGAACAAUGACUACCAUCACACGGUCCUCUGGAUGAACGAGGCAAUGGCCCGGAUGCUGGAGGAGCCGCACAACCACACCCAGAGUUUCACCAAGGCCGAGGUCCUUGAGUAUCUGGCCUUCUCCACCUACAAGGAGGGUAAUAUAGAGAGUGCUUUGACCAUGACUAACGAGCUGCUCCAGCUGCUGCCCCAUCAUGAGCGAGCCAAUGGCAACAAGAAGUUCUACGAGAAGGAGAUUGCCAACCAGGAGCAGUUAAAGAAGAUGAAAGGCGACGAUGGCACCGACGAAAUGCCCAAGUCCGAUUUGCCCGUGGCCAAGAGUGAUCCCGGUGUGUUUGACAUUACCGAGAGGAAAGCCUACGAGAUGCUAUGCCGUGGUGAACUGAAGCCCUCGCCCACGGAAUUGCGACCACUGAGGUGUCGCUAUGUGACCAAUAAUAUACCCUUCCUGCGGAUUGGUCCCUUGAAGCUGGAGGAGGCCCACCUGGAUCCCUACAUUGUUAUCUAUCACGAUGCCAUGUACGACAGUGAGAUUGAGCUAAUUAAGCGAAUGGCUCGUCCACGAUUCCGAAGAGCCACAGUCCAAAAUUCCGUAACAGGAGCUUUGGAGACAGCCAACUAUAGGAUCAGCAAGUCCGCUUGGCUAAAGACCCAGGAGGAUUCCGUCAUCGAAACUGUGGUGCAGCGCACGGCAGACAUGACCGGCUUGGACAUGGACUCUGCCGAGGAACUCCAGGUGGUCAACUAUGGCAUUGGAGGUCACUACGAGCCACAUUUUGACUUUGCCCGGAAAGAGGAAAAGCGCGCCUUCGAGGGUCUCAAUCUGGGCAACCGCAUUGCCACAGUUUUGUUCUACAUGAGCGAUGUGGAGCAAGGUGGUGCCACCGUUUUUACAUCCCUCCAUGCAGCUCUGUUUCCCAAAAAGGGAACGGCUGCCUUUUGGAUGAACCUGCACAGAGAUGGCGAGGGAGAUGUGAGGACUCGACAUGCAGCUUGUCCCGUCCUGACGGGCACCAAGUGGGUGUCUAACAAGUGGAUCCACGAGAGGGGCCAGGAGUUCCGCAGACCCUGCUCCUUGGACGAGGACCACGGCGAGUUUGCCAUUUAGGCCUUGGAGUAGUUAGUGCAAUGCAACGAAUCUUAAUGCGGAAUCUCAUCCUUCGCUCGGCCAUUGAAUUCCUAUUGUAAAUACACAGCAUCCAGCCCGGAGGCGGCCGCAUCUCUUCUACUUACCGGUUCCCCCUUCCAAGGAGCCCCCUCUCUACCUAGCUAUAUCCUAGACACGUAUGGAAUUUAUCUACUUUUGUAUAUUUGCCUAGUUUAAAUAGUAGAAAAAAUUGCAAA